AGCUAGAAAGUGAUAAUGAUAAAGCAAAUAAACCAUCCCCAAACCCUACUAUACUGGCGUAUAAUUCCUCCCCCUGUUUUCAAUUUUCCGAUUUUGUCACGUACAUACAAAUCGUGUAUAAUUCUUGUAGACUUUCCUAAUUUUUCAGCUCCGAUAAAAAUAAUUCGAUUAAUUUUAAUUCGACAUGGCCGAUCGAUUGUACCGUGAUUUGGAGAUUGCGCUGUCCUCUUUUUCCGCACCGUGCAACGAUGAUUACAAUGAAGAGGACGAGGAGAGCGAGGAAGAGUAUGAUGGGGAAGAGGUCAACGGUGUCGAAAUUGAGGGGAAAUCGGAGGAAUUAGCUUGCCCUUUUUGCUCGGAGGAUUUUGAUGUUUUGGGAUUGUGCUGCCACAUUGAUGCCGACCACCGCAUGGAGGUUAAACCAGGGAUAAUUCGACGCUUUUCGCCUUUUUCGGGAUUGCUACGUAGGGAUUUGCCCUGUUUGUGCUGUGAAGGUUCGGGUAAACAUGGCUUCACAUGUGAUUACUCAUCACGAGAGUAUAUUGAAGAUCGUAGCACUCGCUCCCGUUCAUCAAUAUAUCUACUGAGGAAGGAAUUGCAGGACAAACAUUUACGUGCUGUUAAGGAGUCUCCCACUGUUGGUUCGUCCUCUAAUGCAGCAGCUGAUUCCAUGCUUUUGUCGUUUGUCAAUAGUCCUCAGCCAGCUUACAGGCCCCAAAUCACUGAAGCUGCUACUCCAUCUGAAGCAAGCUUGUCAGGAAAAAGUUCUUAUGAUGACUCUGUUGAGAAAUUUCCAUUGUCUCUGUCAACAGACAGGAACAUCGAGAUGGCCAGAAGGUCUGAGUUCGUACAGGGCUUGCUGUUAUCCACCAUACUUGAUGACUUGUAAAACAGCUGGGCAUGCCAAAGCUUCAUUUUUUUUAUGCCUAUUUAUUGACAGAGAGGCGAUUGUUGAACUCGUGCACUGACCCUGCUCGUAAAUUAACCCUAUAUUUCCUGUGCAAUUGAUCGUGAUCGAAUCGGAGACAACAGUUUCAGUGAUCAGUUAGAUGCAGCUCCUUAUUUGAUUUGCCUGGGUAGAAUUGUCCUUAGCUGUUAGUGUAUAGUGUUAAAUAUAGGCAGCUAAUGUAUUGUGACAAGACCAUGGUCAAUUCUAUGUUACCUGCUUCAUCAUUAUACAUUUUCACAAGUAUAUUCGAAUUUGUGAUCGACAUGUGUUAUUGAUAAA